UUAAUUUUUAAAAAUUGUUUGCCACUGAAUCAUUAUGUCUCCAUGUGAUGUGUUGUAAUUCUACAUUUGAAUAGCACAAACUUACCAUAUUUGUGGAAAGGUUUAUCAGUUUUCAAAGGUUAAAUUGUGUUCAAUGGAUAAUGCACUCAACUUCUGACACUGACAGAUCCCACUCCAACUCCACAAAAGCAAUUCAUUAAGAAAAUUAGUUAGGUCUAACUGAAUAACGUAGUUUUUGUUAAAAGCACCCAUGCUUUUAUCAAAAUUCCAUUCUCUAAGACCACUAGAACGAUGGAAUACAAUGAAAUGGAUCCUAAUAUACACGCUCCGUCUACAUCUGGCACUUCUACAUUCAGGAGUUCUGAUUGUGAGAGUGAUUCUCUUUUAGCAUCAAUUUUUGAAAAGGAAUUUGACAGAGAUAUUGCAGAAAGGAUUGCAGAAAUAUCAGAAAUAGGUGACCGUAUAACUGAAUGUCGACAAUACCUAAACAGACUACGGAAAGAAGCUACAAUCAAGUAUUACUCAACGUUGCCUCAGGAUCUAGAACCUGAUGAACAACCAAGUAUACAUCCAGCGGUUAUGAAUAUAAUUGGUAAGAGGCCUCGAAGUACAAUACAAACGGAACAGUUCUUGGCAUCAAACUAUGCCGAACAGAAGCGCGACACGAGGACAACUAGGACUCAACUCUGUAAGAAACGCAAGUCUGGACAUUUACCCAAUGUUAGAGCAAAAAAAUCUGCGAAAAAUGAUUCAACAGUCCAACCUCAAUACAUUCCACCUAAAAUUCCAGGAAAUCCUCAGGAAAAUUCAUCUGUGCGAGGAAACACCAAGAUGCAUAUGAGAGUCCUGAUAGGCAAUGUUGCUAAACAGAUUGAACAAGACGGCAAUUUCAACCCAGCUACACACAAGUGGAUGGUUUAUGUGCGCUCAGCCCCUGGCUCUCUGGCUGUUGAUGAGCAAGUUUCCAAAGUACAUUUUUUCUUACAUCCUAGCUACAAACCAAACGAUGUUAUAACUAUAUACAAACCUCCAUUCACACUGAACCGCAGGGGAUGGGGAGAGUUUCCUAUGAGGGUUCAACUUCAUUUCAAGAACAGUUCAAAUAAACCUGCUGAUAUAAUUCAUCAUCUGAAGCUGAACGGGGCCAGAAGUGGUCACCAUACGAGAAGUGCUGAGACUUACGCUGACCUGUGGUUGUACCCAAACAGAAGAGCUCAGGGGUCAAAGCUGGACAAUUCUGACUACAUUCUGUCUUUGGCAAGUGACAUGCUGAAGGAGGAAGUGCCAGACUUUACAUCAGAAGUGAUCUGUGGCAAGUGUCACACAACUAGUGAGGGAACUGAUUCUCACAACUGUACUUGCAGCAUCAAAGACAACACCUUCGAUGAAGGCAGCACCGCCAUGAUUGCUGAUGACUCUUCUGCUUCUUCCUCUGAAGAAUCUGAUUUUUCUGAAGAAUCUCAUUCCCCUGAAGAAACUGAUACCGCUGAUUCUGAGGAUUUUCAUGCACCAUCUACAUCAAAAGCUGCACCAAAGCCUUUACCUUGUCAUACAACGUGCAACAUAAAUGAUCCUGAUGCUCUUCAGGCGUUCUUGCAAGAAGAAAUUAAAAGAGAAUUGUUUGAUGAUGAUAUCAUAACUGACUCUGCCGAAAAUUGUUGUAUACUCUGUGGAAAUAUUAAGGAAGAAAAUGAAGAAAUAACUGAAUGUAACUGUGAAAAUGAGCACAGUGAUGCUAACACUCAAGAGGUUAAUAAAGCAGGCACAUCAGCAAUCAAUAUAGGUUCUACUUCAGAAGUUGGUAUGAAUCAGCUUAAAAAAAUGGAAUCAGAUAUUUUGAACAUAGAACCAUUGGAUUUUAUGGAUGCUUUAGGAAUAAAAACGGAAAUAAAAGAAGAGUGUGAUGUUUCUUCUUUGGCAGGAAGUGAUUCAAAAAUAUCUCUUUUCCCCUUUGAAUUGGAUUGUAGUCCAACAAGUAUUUUGGAGAGCGAGGAAGUAAAAAAAGAACUUCAAGAUUUUCUCGAAAAUUUUACUUUAGAAACGAACUAUUCAGAAGCUGAUGAAUUGAUACCAACAAAUUCAAUUACACACUCCUGGCCACUUGAAACCUACUGUGUGUCCAGUGAAAAGCCAAAUGUGGCUAUAACUAUGAAUGAAUUAGAUGGAAAAACAACAUUUGUCAAUAAUAACACAAACCAUUUUACCAAUGAAAUGUCAACGGAAAACAAUCAAACAAAAAGUGAAAAUGUACUUUCCACGUUUCCUAACUGUUAUACUGAGGCAAAUGUUGAUAGUAAUAUCAAAAUGGAGGAGGUUCCUAUUGAUGAGUUCAUUAAUAAUAUUGUGGACGAGGAAAUCAUUUUGGACAGUUCUAAUAUACCUGUUGAAGAUGUUUCACUUGGAGAGAGUUUACAAACAACAAAUGAAGUACCAAAACCUCAACUGACAUUAAAGAAUAUGGCAAAAUCACCUGCAGCACUACACUCUCAAACUCAAGCAGUGUCCCAGAAUAAACAAAUAAAUCUAAAUGCAAAUAAACAAAUAAACUCAUUCCAGCCACAAAUGAAGGCCCAGGAUAAUCAAAUAAUUCUAAAUGCAAACAAACCAACAAACUCAUUCCAACUACAAGUGGAAGCCCAGAAUAAACAAAUAAAUGUAAAUGCAAACAAACCAACAAACUCAUUCCAGUCACAAAUGAAGGCCCAGGAUAAUCAAAUAAUUCUAAAUGCAAACAAACCAACAAACUCAUUCCAGCCACAAGCAAAGGCCCAGGAUAAUCAAAUAAAUGUAAAUGCAAACAAACCAACAAACUCAUUCCAGCCACAAGCAAAGGCCCAGGAUAAACAAAUAAAUGUAAAUGCAAACCAACCAACAAACUCAAUCCAGCCACAACCCAGGAUAAACAAAUAA